AUGGCUCAAGGUAAAGUUUGUUUGGCUUACUCCGGUGGUUUAGAUACCUCUGUUAUUUUAGCUUGGUUAUUAGAUCAAGGUUAUGAAGUUGUUGCAUUCAUGGCAAACGUUGGCCAAGAAGAAGAUUUUGAAGCUGCCAAGGCUAAGGCUUUGAAAAUUGGUGCUACAAAAUUUGUCUGUGUUGAUGUUCGUGAAGAAUUUGUUGAAAAAAUCCUUUUCCCAGCUGUUCAAUGUAACGCUGUAUACGAAGAUGUUUACUUAUUAGGUACUUCUUUGGCCAGACCAGUUAUUGCUAAAGCACAAAUCGAUGUUGCUGAACAAGAAGGUUGUUUUGCUGUCGCUCAUGGUUGUACUGGUAAAGGUAACGAUCAAAUUAGAUUUGAAUUAGCUUUUUACGCUUUGAAGCCAGAUAUCCAAUGUAUUACCCCAUGGAGAUUACCAGAAUUCUUUGAAAAAUUCGCUGGUAGAAAAGAUUUAUUGGACUACGCUGCCUUAAAGGGUAUCCCAGUUACUCAAACUAAAGCUAAACCUUGGUCUACAGAUGAAAACCAAGCUCACAUCUCUUACGAAGCAGGUAUUUUGGAAGACCCAAACACUACUCCACCUAAAGAUAUGUGGAAAUUGAUUGUCGACCCAAUGGAUGCUCCAGAUCAACCACAAGAUUUAACUAUUGAUUUCCAAAAGGGUUUACCAGUUAAAUUAUCAUACAAAUGUAACAAAACUGGUAAAGAUGUCUCUGUUACUUCACCAUUAGACGUUUUCUUAGCUGCUUCAUCAUUAGGUAGAGCUAAUGGUGUCGGUAGAAUCGAUAUUGUUGAAAAUCGUUACAUCAACUUAAAAUCUAGAGGUUGUUAUGAACAAGCACCAUUAACAAUUUUGAGAAAAGCUCACGUUGAUUUGGAAGGUUUAACCUUAGACAAAGAAGUUCGUCACUUGAGAGAUCAAUUUGUUACUACUACUUACUCUAACUUAUUAUAUAACGGUUCUUACUUCUCUCCAGAAUGUGAAUUUGUUAGAGCCAUGAUCCCACCAUCACAAAAGAGUGUUAACGGUACUGUUAGAUUAAGAUUAUACAAAGGUAAUGUUAUCAUCUUGGGUAGAUACUCUGAAACUGAAAACUUAUAUGACGCUACCGAAUCUUCUAUGGAUGAAUUGACUGGUUUCUUGCCAACUGAUACUACUGGUUUCAUCGCUAUUCAAUCUAUUAGAAUUAAGAAAUAUGGUCAAGCUAAAAAGGAUAAAGGUGAAAAAUUAACUUUGUAA